ACCCGACCGACGAGACAGUGCGCGCGAUGCGCGUGUAUGUGUAUGAUGUGUCGUAUACAGCCGUACAUUGGAAAGCGUCGUAUAAAUAAGCUGCGAGCUCGCGAGAGCGACAGCAUUCGCGGCAAUUCGUGGUCUCCGUCGGGAAGCCAGGACUGAUUUGUUAACAGUACGAGCGGCUGCUGCGUCGCUUCCGCGACGCCCGUCGACCGAAAAUGUCAUCGCCUACACAAGUGAUAAAAAGUAUUGGGCCAAAAUUGGUACCGUUUUUUAAAAGUGUCUCGGUAUAUUUUGUGUUACUCGCUGAACAGCCGUCUCUGCUGGCGGCGUGUUUAAAAUGCUUGCCGAUAAUAAGUCUCAUUGUUUUCAUCAUCUUGCAUGGAAUAAGUUUGUCGAAAGAAUAUGCUUUCUCCCGGCGCAUAUUAACAGGAUUAGUGUUUAGUUGUAUAGGCGACGCACUGCUAGUAUGGCCUAAUUGUUUCACCGCGGGGAUGUGUAUGUUCGCUAUCGCGCAAAUCAUGUACAUAAUCGCAUUCGGAUUCGAACCCCUCAAUUUAACGCUCGGGGCGAUACUGUACAUGUCUUGUUCAGUUGUCAUAUAUGCUCUGAUGCCUGGGCUGAACGGAGUUCUAGCAAUAGGAGUGCCAAUCUACACAGUAUUACUUACUACCAUGGCAUGGAGAGCCAUAUCAAGAGUACAAUUAUUUGGGGAGUUAUGGACAUGGACUAAGCUCUGCAGUUGCAUUGGAAGCAUUUGUUUCGUCAUAUCUGACACUUUACUCGGAUUUCAUUAUUUCCACAGUCCAUUACCAUAUUCUCAGGUGUCUAUCAUGUUAACAUAUUACGCGGCACAAUUAGGUAUAGCUCUGAGUGCGGUAGACUCCAAACCCAGCAGUAAUAAUAAUAGAGUGCCUGCCAGUAAAGAUUGAGACAUUUUAUCCUCUUAGAUGUUAUCUAUCAGGAAGUACGCAUGUACGGAUGCAAAGCAGAUGCGAGAGAGAGAGAGAGAGAGAGAUACCUACGUAUCUGCCUUAGAGCAUAAUUCCACUAGGAAAUUAUUGUGAUAAUUAUCUUUAAACUGUUGAAUAUUUCAAAGCCAUAUUAGUCGAAUAACAAGACGAUUGCGAAAUGGUACCACGCUUUUAAAGAGGGAAAAGAAUCCAUUUCUCGUUCCUCUUAUAAUUACAAUAUUAUUGAAUGCAACAUCGCCAAAGCCCGUGAAGCUCUUACUCCGAACGUGGCACGAGUUUCACGGUUUGCCGCUGAACUUUCCCCAGCAGGCGGUGAACUCGAGUACGUUUCCGACGAAAUUAAAAUAAAUAUGAUUCAUGACCGAAUCGUGCCACGCAAGCUGACCAGAGAACAAAAGCAGGCACGCUAUGAUCGUUGCACGGACGUUAGUAACGCGUGCGAUACAAAUCCCGGAUUCCAGGAUUCACUUAUCGUUGGAUGCAAGACAUGGUUCUUUGUUCCGUGGAACAGAGCCGGUCACCAGACAAGGCGGGAACGUCGAGACAGGAGCAAGCUCCUCGUGUACAGAAAGAGAAGAAGAUCAAUUGUCUUUGUAUCAAUUUAUGGUGGUACCUGUAACGAUAAGGUGUACCUUUGACUGUGGAGAUAGAUUUAUAUUUCUUUUUUUAUUAGAAUGUACGAACACAUAGGGGUGUCCUAUACACAGAUUUCAUACUAACCACACUUGUGGUUCCUAUUUUUUGUAUGCAUGUAAAGAGAUAUUAAAGAAAACGUUGUAUGUAGGUAAGAAUAGGUGUGAGGAUACGCGGAUGUUAUUAGCAAAUAUACAUUUCCGUCGGCUUUCUCAGCUGAGUAGCAUAACAUUUUACGUUUCUCGUCAAACUAGACGAAUUAUUUCCAUAGUCUGAAAUAUAUUCUAGAAAUCGCAGUUUCGUAAAUGUAAUAAAGAGUAUAUUAGAUUGUUAGCGUUAAGCGUUUUUUAUGUGUAAGAUUGCAUUUGAAACUAGUAGAAUUGUAAUUACUUCUUACUCAUACUUGGGCCAAAAUGCAAUAAUCUGCGCGAGGUAUACGUCGCGAAGGGCGAGUAUCUUAGAUACCGCCGUGUAGGAAAGAUAUUCUUGUAUAUGCAUAAGAUAUGUAUGACAUGACUACCGUUUAAUUUACAUAUAGUGUCGUCGGUGUUAUCCUCCGAUAGCCAUAUCUUGUAGAGAAAUAACUGCAAAACAGCUACAAACUGUGCAUACCGUAAAGAUAUUCUUUAUAUUAAUCUAUAUUGCGCACUAUAAUCGUCACGUUACGUGAUAUUGCUUGUGUCUCUCUGUUACAACGUCAAUCCUUAACACUGCCAGUUUGUUGGCAGAAUAAAGAGAAAAUUAUCGCGAUAGAGAAUCGAUAAACCUAGCUUACAAUAAAUUCAAUUGGUAUCUAUAGUUAAAUCGAACUCUUUUCAUGCAAAAAUGUAGUGGCCAGAGACACAAUAGAGACACAAAUAUAAAAAGAGUUACAAAUCCCGAAACCUUAAUUCUUACAUAAAUGUUCAUAUAACGUUCUAUUCUUUUCCACAAAUUUGUUAGCAGUUAGAUAAUUGGAAAUUUUAUGAAACAAUGUUUCUCUAUUUUUCAUAACGCUGAACAUUAUUAUCAAGUUUCUUACAUGUAUUUUCGUGGCUGUGGCAUGAAAAAUGAAUUGUUGAAGAGUA